AUGUAUCUAACGUACUCUGAUCCGUGCAACAUUGGACUACCACCAAAAAUCUGCAUAGGUUUACGCUUUCCAGUCAAAACUUGUACGGUAUCUUUUGCCUGCAUACAGUUUGCAAUGCUUGUCGAACGAUCCGCUGCAUUAUGGAAGCGCAAAGAUUACGAGACGUAUGGUCCGACGCUUGGGACAUCGCUUGUUAGCUUUAGUUUUGCGAUUGUUUUUGAACGGGCAACGGCUUUAUGGAAACGUGGUAAAUAUGAUGCUUAUGGACCUCAACUUGGAUAUGCGCUCGUCACCAUAAGUAUAAUCGUCUCCCUGGCUUCAACAUUCUGGGCCGUGCAGAAAGUGGAAUUCGAUCAACAUUCUGUUUAUUGUUCAACAGCCACUUCUCAAACCGCUGAUCGAGUAAUGUUACUAUGUUUUUUAAUAAGCGGUGUUAAUAUUAUUACGCUUGUCGGCAUAAUUGCACUAUUCAUCUUCAACGAAUUCGCUCUAAGCAGGAGGGAAUUCGAUCUGCAAUCUUCUUAUCAGCUUCGCGAGAAUGCUUAUGUAAUUCGAAUUAUGUUACCAUUAUCAAUCUUCCAAGCUAUUUGUUACGCAAUAUUCUCGAUCUCAAGCGGAUUAAUUUCGCUAUUUCGUGACAAACUGUCGCCAGUACAACAUAAAACAUUGUAUACGACAGCGUAUAUUAUCCCCUACUACACACUGGUUUCUCCUAUCCUGAUAUGGUUCAUUAUAAAAUGGUCACAACAAAUAAAAGCAGCCAAGAUAAAGAAGCUCACAAGUCAUUGUGAAGAUGAAAAAAGUGUCUACUUUCGUGCAUAUAAAGAAAUGUGGAAAAAUGGAACAGUGGAUAAAGAUUAG